CCAGACGUUGAAACCACAACAAGACGAAGCUUGUGGAGUGAACAUGUUGCUUUUCUUUUUGCUGCACGUUUGCAGUUACUCACUGGCUUCAGCUAAUUGUUUCAGUGAAAAUGCAGAGGGUGGCAUAAUGCAAACUCCAAAAUUUGCCGCCGUUCAGGCAGGAGGAUCUGUCAAUAUCAGCUGCCAAGUCACGGUGGAAGAUGAAAUCCACGGGGUGACCCUGAGCAGGCACUUCAGGAGAAUAAUGUACAUCAAUUCUAAAAACAUUACCAGCAGGGAGUCGGAUUAUAAACAACGUAUGUUAGUGUCGGGGUCAAGUCGGAAUUUUACUGUGAUGCUAACGGAUCUGAGUGAGAGUGACUCGGAUAUUUACCUGUGUGAUGCGCCUGUGCAAAACAAUCAGAAAAAACUUUGUGGAAAUGGGACUAUCAUUUUUGUACAUUCUGCAGAUGAAUGCCGCAGUACAAGUAAAGAACAAGAGCAAUCAAGGGAGUAUCUUCUUCCUAUCGUCCUUGCUGUUAUUGCUUUCCUGUGCCUGCCCCUUUUACUGUUGGCAAUUUACAAGAUUUAUAAGGAGUUACAGAUGAAAAAUCACAAACAGCCACUGAAUUCUGUAUAUGAAGAUAUGAGACCGAACCUACGCAGGAACACAAUGAGCAACACCUAAAGAGUUUAAACCAGAUCCUGUUAACAUUUGCCCCCCUCUUAUUGACAAGAAACAAUAAUAUCAGCUAUGACCUAUGCUAAUAUCUCUACAGUGAAGAUUAGUUCAGUUUGCAAGAGCAAACUGGAAUUUAUUUUAUGUAGCGUAUAUAUAUAUAUAUAUAUAUAUAUAUAUAUAUAUAUAUAUAGGGAAAGGUGGGUACAAGCUGCACACCUUAAGAUACACAAAAAUACCUGGGUGCUCUGGUUGAAAAAUAAACAGAAAUUGCACGUGGUACCGUCACUCUCAGGGUU